AUGCGGCAUGUUCCCGACUUGCGGAAGAAUCUUAUCUCAGUGGGUGCAUUGGACUCCGGUGGCUGCAAGAUUGUUACAGAGAACGGAGUGAAGAAGGCUGGGAUAAAUGCUAUUCGUGAAGGUCACACAAGGUACACUCCCAAUGCUGGAACUUUGGAGCUCCGUAAAGCAAUUUGUCAUAAACUCCAAGAGGAGAAUGGUUUGACUUACGCACCGGAUCAAAUUCUUGUCAGCAAUGGAGCGAAACAGUGUAUCAUGCAAGCCGUUCUUGCAGUUUGUUCACCUGGAGAUGAGGUGAUAAUCCCAGCACCAUAUUGGGUCAGUUACCCUGAAAUGGCUUGGUUGGCUGAUGCAACACCAGUAAUACUGCCAACAGAUAUAUUAGACAAUUUUCUAUUAAAACCGGAGUCCCUUGCAUCAAGACUUAAUGAUAAAUCAAGGCUGCUGAUUCUUUGUUCUCCAUCAAACCCAACUGGAUCUGUUGCAUCAAGACUUAAUGAUAAAUCAAGGCUGCUGAUUCUUUGUUCUCCAUCAAACCCAACUGGAUCUGUUUAUCCCAAGAAGUUGCUCGAGGAGAUUGCUGAUAUAGUUCGGAAACACCCAAGGCUUCUGGUUUUAUCAGACGAGAUUUACGAGCAUAUAUAUUAUAUAUAUCCUCCAGCAGAACACACAAGCUUUGCUUCAUUACCGGGCAUGUGGGAAAGAACCUUGACCGUGAAUGGAUUUUCUAAGGCAUUUGCAAUGACUGGUCGGCGACUUGGAUAUCUUGCAGGCCCUAAACACUUUGUAACAGCUUGUGGAAAGAUCCAGAGCCAGGCCAUGCCUUCUUCUUUCUCAGUUCUAUAG